CACCUAUUAUCAAUUUUGAGAGAGAGUGGAUUGCAACUGAGCUGACCAUCCAAAUUAAUCUGAUAAUUAUCAAUCAAUAUUAUUUUAAUUCAGAUGUUAAUGAAAAAGAGGGGAAUUAACAGAAAAACUUUAUAAUAAUAAAGCUUUAUUUAAAAAAAAAGGGAGCAGAGAGUCAAAACCAAGCCUUAUAAAAUAGAGGAAGUGAUCCAUAAUCCAUUUCACUCGAGAGAAGAUCCCAAAACAAAAGUCUUUUCUCGUUAACUUCUUCCUCAGAGAAAGAAACCGAAACAACAGAAGACCAUGGCGUCUUCAACUCAAGACGAAGAAGAAGUCCACCACCGCAAGGAAGAAGACGCACUCGCCAAAGAACCGGACCUUGACCUGAACAAAGAAGCCAAACACGAAGACGAUGACAAGAUCGUGGCCUCAGAGUCAGAGACAAGGGAAGCAAAGAAGCAGAAAGUGGAACAAGAAGUCAAAGAUGCUGAUCAAGAAGACGAAAGCAGAGGAGCUACGACGAUGGUGCCUUCAACGACAACACCAAGAAGCUUAACUCAAGAAGAAGCAAAGGCAAAGGAAGAUGAAGACGACUCAGAACAAACCUUGAGGUUUCUAAGACGAUGGAAAGCUCCGGAGACUCCACCUGAAAAGAUCAUUCACCCCAGCUUAGCCGAGCAAUGCAGCAGACCGAUCCAAAAGCAGCUGACGACGAGCGACGUGAAACAGAACAAGCUGUCUCAGUCUGGGCUGUCUUUAUCGAACUCGCAAGUGAGGAAGAAGUUUCAGCAGCUUCUCGAAGAAUCAGGGAAAAACGAGAGGAGGUUUUCGGUAUACGGACCAGACGGGAAGGUUCAUGAGAUUUGGCUUGGUAAGGAGAGGACGUCGUCGUUUGGUUUGACGAUAGGGUGGUGGAGGUUCGUGGUAGAGUAUUGGCUCAAGGAGUGGUGUAACUUCGUCACGGUUUGGAUGUUUAGGCACAGAGUCACUCAACGGAUUUGCUUAGCUAUUUGAUGUCACAAUGUUUGCGUUCUGGAAACAGGUUAGUAAGAGGAUCUCUCAGGCUGCUUUCGAGGAUUCUGAUUAGAGAGGAGUAUAGAGAAAGGUUAUCAAGGAGAUUAAAGGGGGUAUUAGGGAUUUGAUUAGGGAGUUUUAUGAGAAGGUAGAAGUUUUAAGGUUUUGAUUUGAGUCACAUUCUCAGUUUCUUCUCUAAAAUUGUAAAUAAUUGACAGAAGCAUCAUUUGAAUGAUAAAAAAAAAAGUUGGUUCUUUACUUCAGUACUUGUGAUAACCAAGAAGUGACCCACUUUACUUAAAAGACAAGUUAUCAUGAUUCAUCAGUUUUGCAUACUUAAUGAGUAUUUUGGUCUACAAAGACCCUUUUACUGCACUCUGGGAAAACGAUUUUCAGAGAGUUUACAAACAAACACACAAGCCAAAGUUUAAAAAAUUGUAAGAGAACUUGUAACACAAAAAAACAGAAAAAAGAGAUGUUAUAUUUGCCUAAAGCUUUACACUAGUGUUGAGAUACUACUACAAACAGUUAUUCCAUUCCAAUAAAGGCUAGCAAAACAGAUUUGUAUCAGAUUAAAGCUUACUUGAUCUUGGAUCGAUCCUCCUCGCAUUUGUAGUGUCUUGUGCAUAUCACACAGCCUAACAAAACUGCUCACACUUGUCUUCUAGCUUUGAUUAUCAAGCUCUUAUCCGCUGCUACAAACUUGUUUUGACAGCUGUGCUUCAAGUCUUGAACCCUUCCGACUGCACAAAACACAUCAUUCUACCUUUAUAAUUUGUUUUUCCAGAGAUGUUGUAUCAUGCUUGUGAACAAAAAAAAAUGUUUGUGAACGAACUACUAGAAGCUGACCCUGUAAUUUAGACCACCUCCAACAGCAGCAGCAUGAGUAAGGGUUCUAAUCAUUUAAAGAAAAUGAAAAAAUAAGAAAAUUAAGAAAGAGAUAGAA